ACAUAAACACACGUGCUUGUCAUUUUUUUCGACUUUUUAAACUAGUAAAGUCGUGAAUUUCUGUUUCUCAUUUUAUUUUUCUAAUUUAAACAAUAACAAUGAAAGAUUAUCCAACUUUAACAAAUUCCCGACCGGAAUUUAAACAAUAUCCACCUAAAUUAAAUGAGCACUUGGAAAAUCUAGCUGCUCCACAUCUUGAUUCAUUCAAUGAAAUGCUAACAUUUGGCCUAAAGAACGUCAUCAAGCACAUGGUACCAGUCCACUUAAAAUCAAAAGCCGGUGAAAAACUAUGCUAUUGGUUAGAAGAUUUAAUCAUAUCCAAACCAAGAGUUCCAUUCGAUUAUAUCGAUGUGAAAGAUCGUAAGAUUUAUCCAACCGAAUCACGUCAAAGACAUGAUACCUAUUCGGCUGCUUGCACUGCUAAAAUGGGUUAUUCUAUAAAUGGCGGUGACAAUUCUGCCAUUGAUGUCGAUUUAGGACAUCUUCCAAUAAUGCUCAAGUCAAAAGCUUGUAAUUUAGGGAAUUUAAGUCCCAAAGAAAUGGUUGAACAUGGCGAACAUGAUUCCGAAUUUGGUGGUUAUUUUGUAGUCAAAGGAAAUGAGAAAAUCAUUCGUAUGUUAAUGAUGUCGCGAAGAAACUAUCCAAUUGUUGUUAAACGUUCCACAUGGAAGGAUCGUGGUCAAGGCUUCUCUGAUAUUGGAGCUUAUAUCCGAACAGUUCGUUGCGAUGAAAUAGCCUAUGUCAAUGUUCUGCAUUUCCUUAACAAUGGAACAGCUAAGUUUAUGUUCUCCCAAAAUAAAGCAAUGUCAUAUGUGCCAGUUUGUUUGAUCUUGAAAGCUUUGGUAGACUAUACUGACGAAGAGAUCUACACUCGUCUCAUUCGUGGUUAUGAAAAUGAUCAAUACUACAAAUCAUGUAUACAAACAAUGCUUAGAGAAGUACACUCUGAAGGAAUUCAUUCGCAUAUCGAAUGUAAAGAUUAUCUUGGGGAGAUUUUCCGAAGCAAAUUUUGGGAAUUACCCGAAUGGACACGAGCUUCAGAGAUCACUGACUUUAUUCUCAGUCAACGUGUUCUCAUACAUUUGGAUAGCUUUGAAGAUAAAUUCAAUAUUCUUGUAUUUAUGGUACAAAAGUUAUUUCAAUGUGUUCAGGGUAAUUUCAAGGUUGAAAAUGUUGAUUCUGUUAUGAUGCAAGAAGUCUUGCUGUCGGGACAUUUGUAUCAAAAAGUUCUAACAGAGCGUCUUACUACUUGGAUGCUUUAUGUUAAGAGAAACAUUGAAAAAAGACUAGAAAAUUCUGGUAGUUUAAUAACAGCACAAAUUCUUACGGCAUCUUUUCGACAAGUCAAUGUCCAAAGGGGAAUGGAAUCGUUUUUAGCGACUGGAAAUGCGUCAUCGCGCAGUGGAAUGGGUUUGAUGCAAAACAACGGUUUGGCUAUAAUGGCAGAGAAUAUCAAUCGAAUGCGUUAUAUGUCUCAUUUUCGAGCUGUACAUCGUGGUUCGUAUUUUACAACGAUGAGAACAACUGAAGCUCGUCAGUUGUUGCCCGAUGCGUGGGGAUUUAUUUGCCCGGUGCAUACACCGGAUGGAACUCCAUGUGGUUUACUUAAUCAUUUGACUAUUAUGUGUAAGAUAUCAACGACACCACCAAAAGAUAAAGUCGAUGUAAUUCCCAAGAUUCUGGUUGAUCUUGGAAUGCUACCAUUAGAAUCACCUUGUUUUGAUGCAUCUGCAAAACUUUUGGUUGUUUUUCUUGAAGGCAAAUGCCUCGGAAACAUUCGUCAAGUUGAUGCAACAAAAAUCGUAGAUAAGCUGAGAUAUUUAAAAAUCGAUGGUACACUACCAGAGAUGUUGGAAAUUGCUUAUAUCCCACCCAAAAACAAAGGACAAUUUCCAGGAUUGUUUUUAUUUGCUGGACCAGCACGAAUGAUGAGGCCUGUUAAGAAUUUGGCAUUGGGAAAAGUUGAAUAUAUUGGUUCGUUGGAGCAGGUUUAUAUGGAAAUUGCUGUAGAUGAAAAGGAAUCAUAUCCGGGAGUAACAACACAUUUGGAAUUGGCAAAAACUGAUUUUAUGAGUAAUUUGGCUAAUUUGAUUCCAAUGCCUGAUUUAAAUCAAUCACCUAGAAACAUGUAUCAAUGUCAGAUGGGUAAACAAACUAUGGGAACUCCAUGUCUCAACUGGCCCAAACAGGCAGCCAAUAAGUUGUAUCGUCUCCAAACUCCAGGAACACCUCUUUUCCGACCAGUUCAUCACGAUAACAUUGGAUUGGAUGACUUUGCAAUGGGAACCAACGCUAUUGUAGCUGUAAUCUCAUACACUGGCUAUGACAUGGAAGAUGCCAUGAUAAUAAACAAGUCCGCUCAUGAAAGAGGCUUUGCAUAUGGAAGUAUUAUUAAAUCCAAAUUUAUCGAACUAAAGGGUACCUCUUACUUUGCUCGAGAUCCAAAUAAUGAGACUUUAGCCUCAUAUCUAGAUAAUGAUGGAUUACCUCAAGCUGGUACAAAAUUAACCCAUGAAGAUAUUUUAUAUUCUUUCUUUGACACGGAAGAAUUCAAAUACAAAAUCGGUUACAAUGAUGAAAAAGAAGACUGUGUCAUCGAUAGUGUUCGGUUUUGUGGUAAUUUCAAAACAAAUGCCCCGCGAACGAUUUGCAUAACAAUUCGAGUUCCACGUCCACCAAAUAUCGGUGACAAAUUUGCCUCUCGUGCCGGACAAAAGGGUAUCUGCUCACAAAAAUACCCCGCUGAAGAUUUACCCUUUUCAGAGACUGGUCUUAUUCCGGAUAUUGUAUUUAAUCCUCAUGGUUUCCCAUCUCGUAUGACAAUUGCUAUGAUGGUCGAAACAAUGGCUGGAAAAAGUGCAGCCUUGCAUGGACUUGUACAUGAUGCGACACCAUUUAGAUUCACAGAAAAGCACACAGCUAUCGAUUACUUUGGUAAAUUGUUAGAAAUGGGUGGUUACAAUUAUUAUGGUACAGAACGUUUGUACAGUGGCAUUGAUGGACGUGAAAUUACUGCCGAUAUUUUCUUUGGAGUUGUACAUUAUCAACGUUUGCGUCACAUGGUGUUUGAUAAGUGGCAAGUUCGUUCAACUGGUGCAGUGGAUGCAGUUACACAGCAACCAAUUAAGGGUCGAAAACGUGGUGGUGGUGUUCGUUUUGGUGAGAUGGAACGUGAUGCUUUGAUAUCACAUGGAUGUGCAUUUUUGUUACAAGAUCGUCUAUUUCAUAAUUCUGAUAAAUCAAAUGCUUUGGUAUGUGACAAAUGUGGUAGUAUUUUGGCACCAAUGAAAAGGGUUUCAAAGAAAGCAGAGAAUGGAUUGGAAGUUUCGCCGGAAACGUGUAGACUUUGUGGAGAUGGCAAAGGCGUUGGUAAUAUAGAAUUACCAUUUUCGUAUAAAUAUUUAGUGAGUGAAUUGACUUCGGUUAAUAUUAAUGCUAGAUUUAAAUUGACGCAUAUUUAAGAAGAAGUGUAAAUAGAAAUGUUUUUAUUAUUAUUAAA